GUGACGUCAUUUUGAGCCAGUCUGUACAGCAGCGAUCUCAGCAGUGUCGAGUUCCCGCCCAUACAUCUGUCUGACCAAUCAGGAGCAGUGCCAUUGAUCACGAGCACACCAAUGGCAGGCACAGCUGUCAAUCAUGAUGCCAAACCUCCUUUUUAUAGUAUUGAAUAAAUAACUAAAACCAAGCCAAACCAAAAUGGGCACAAAGCAGCGUGGUAACAGCUACCUUAAAUUACAGAAACCAUAUCUGGGAAAACAUUUAUUUGAUGUGCAUUUUGAUAUUUUGUUUUGGUCCAUGUCCCAUCCACUAACAUGGAGGGGGUGGAGCUUGUGACCCAUAUUGCAGCCAGCCACCAGGGGAUUGAGAUGUUUUGGCAUAACUUUUUGGGAGCUGUCAUGUCGUUCAUCUUUAUAUACAGUCUAUGAUUUUGAGAAAAUAAAUUAAAUGCAUGUGCAGUGCAAGCUACGUAAUGUGUAAACUUCUGUUUCCUCGCCACUCUCUGCACUCUGGCCUCCGGGAAUGCAGCUUAGCUUUGCUUCCAAUUUUUACCAGUGGCCACUCGCGGUAUUGCAGCGUAAAAACCCCAAAAAGCAUUUUCCCCAUUGAUCGACAUUGUAAAAGAGACGUCUGUAAAACUGUUGACAGGACACCUCGAACAGCAAACAAGCUCUUCACUGAUGGAACCACCAACAAGCUAGUGGGCUGCUAUGUGGAGGAAAGUCCAGAGGAUGUGGUCUUGGUCCGAGUAUACGGGAACAAGACAGAGCUGAUUGUGGACAGAGACAAUGAGCUCAAAAGCUUUCAGGUGCUACAUGCUAAUGGUUGUGCUCCUCGCCUCUACUGCACCUUUCAGAAUGGCAUCUGCUAUGAGUUCAUGCAGGGGGACGCUCUUGGGACGCAGGACGUCAGGGAUCCUUCCUUACUAAGAAUGAUAGCCAGGGAGAUGGCUCGUAUCCAUGCCAUCCAUGCACACAAUGGCUGCAUCCCCAAACCCAACCUGUGGAUCAAGAUGCGAAAAUACUUCUCCCUCGUGGCCACCGAGUUCACUGACCAAGCGUCCAACGUUAGAAUACAGCAGGAGGUGCCCAGCAAAGCUGUGCUGGAGCAGGAGAUGGUGUGGAUGAAGGAGCAUCUCUCCACUCUGGGCUCCCCUGUGGUGCUCUGCCACAAUGACCUGCUCUGCAAGAACAUCAUUCACAACAGCAAAGAGGGUCAUGUUCGCUUUAUAGACUAUGAAUACUCCAGCUACAACUACCAGGCAUUCGACAUCGGCAACCACUUCAAUGAAUUUGCAGGAAUGGCGGAGCUGGACUAUGGACUGUACCCGAGUCGGGAGAUGCAGAUGGAGUGGCUCAAAGUGUACCUGCAGGCAUACAAAUUCUUCACCAAGAAAACAGAGGAGGUCAGCCAGCGAGAGCUGGAGACACUCUAUGUACAGGUCAACAAGUUUGCUCUGGCUUCUCACUUCUUUUGGGGCUUCUGGGCUCUCAUCCAGGCCAAAUACUCCUCCAUCGACUUCGACUUCCUCGGGUACGCUGUGCUACGUUUCAACCAGUACUUUGAGACCAAACCUGCAGUGAUGGCCCUGCAGAUCCCAGAAUGAGAGGAGACGGAGAAAGACAGACUGCGGAGAGAAGACAGGAGGGAAGGUGUAACAGGUUCUAUGCUGGGACUUCCUGUAGGGUGGGAACUCUUCUCUGUGAGCCAGCUGUUGAUGGACCUCUGCUCGGUCUACCCAGCAUCCUUUUUCUGCAACAAGCGCAAUUACUCUUUCAUUGCCCCAACGUAGCUCCACGUCUGUCACAACUCUAGCUCAAGAAUGAUGAAACUUCAGUGAGCUCUGUGUGUAUGUGUGUGAGUGUAUGCUUGUGUAUGUUUGUGUACUUAAUUUAUCUUGAUAAACCCUGAUGUCUUGCUUUCCCUCUUCAGGCAGCUGAACAAGGCAUAGUGAGCAGAGCCGUCUGAGUUUAGGGUAGAGAUCACAGACUUGUUUUAUCGUCUGUCACUCUGGCGCCAAAAUGUUCCACAACGCUGGUAAUGAAGGUCAAAAGAGGGACAAGACUGUUAAGGAGGGUUUGAUGCUGACAUUGGCAGAUAGUUUGUCCUGCUCUCUGUGCACUGUAUCUAUGGCUCAGUGCCACGGCCUCGUUAUAGAAACUGACUACAGAGGCAUUUCACCUGGGAUUCCUCAGAUUUUGCAUGUGGUGUGUGCGGUGAGACCAUUCCUCCUUCUGUCUGCAGACAUUUUAACACUUUAAAUUCUGACUCGUGCGAUCCUUCCUCUUUUAUUCCUCUGUCUUUGAUGCUAAGUGCUCGUAGCUGCAGUAUUUCUGCACUGCACUUCCCAGAGAUUACCUGUGCAUCAAACCCUGUGGACGGUACUGUGUUGUCUGUUUCCUCUGAUUUUCUUCUGUCAUUGCAGUUUGAGCUUCAGUAUCUCUUGUAGUUAUUCCAAGCAAACUACUGCUGCUGCUAGAAAUGCAAAACAAACUUCUCUGUGUGCUAGUGGACUUCUCUUUAGGAAGAACCUCCACUGAGUCCAUGGAACAGCAAAUGGAAAAGCUUUUCAUGGACUGGCUGUAGGUUGAAUCACUAUUGUGUUAUAGCAAUCGGUGAUAGAGAGUAGCUUAAUGUGCAUUUAUUUAUUUAUGUGAAGACAUGUGGAUUACUUAACAUCUCAGGUGAAACAGCUCCUCAGUUUGGGUUGUUUUGUGUUGAACUUGGAAGUGAUAUGAAGCAGGAGGGGAGAUAGAUGUUGGGUAAAAAGAGAGGACCUGUGUAAACGUCACUCUCAACUCUGUGUGCAUUGCUGUCCUCGAACUGUUUUCCACCUUUUUGACUUUUAUGGUUACAGCGAAUCGCUCCGUUAAACUUUCCAUUUAAACUUUCCAGACCUCUUGGAAAAUCACAACCUCUGUCACCUCCACUGCCAACCCCUCCUUUUCUCUUUUAUGCCCUCCUGUGUCUGCUCCCUCCUCACUGUUACUAUCUUUGUUCUGCUCCCACCACAGUUUUGUUUCAUAUCUCCCUUUUUGUGUUGAGAUUGAGGCAGUAGCACCUGUUCCACGGGCCAUCUUACCAUCAGAGACUGCUCUCAGCCCCUCACUGUAAUCUAUUCCUAUUCACAUCCCAGAUUUGGAGCUAAAUUUUGUUACGUAAUCAGACAUUGCGUAAGUUAUAUCUGGGGUCAAAUCAAGUAUAGCUUUCAAAAUGAGGCAAGAGUGGGUUAUCUGGGGCUGUGCUGCUGUCAUGAGAGCCCCCUAUUACUGGGAUGAAAGAGCACAGCAUCGGACUCUCCAGAGAUGUAGUCAUUAAAAAAAAAAACAGACACGCACAGUGUCUGUAAAAGAAAAAAUACUAUAACUCCACUGAUUUUAUACAUCGAAGUCUGUUUCCAGGUGUUAGCGAGUACUACAGUAUGUGUGAAAAAGAUUGUAUCAAGCCUGUCGUGUUUCCAGAGGGAGCUGUGUGGAGUCUGAUAAAUGUCCUCAAGUGGUGUCACUUAAGUCAGUGUUUGCUGAAGACUACAUGUUAGAAAAUGGAAAAAAAAAUUCUAGAGGUGUGGAGUCGGAUUCAAGUGAGCUUACCAGACCUUACCACAGCACGCAGCUCAUAUCUGCCGGAGGCUAGCGACUCCAGGCUACAUUAGAUGCCACCCAUGGGGCUUCAUUUUGGUGCGUUAUCCGGCGACUCCUGAUCUUUUUUAUCAGCCGUGAUGCGAAAAACCAGGCGGGACCUGUUGCUUGUGUGGGUAUAUCAUGGUAUGAAACACACAGGUACUGUAGCUUCAGCGAGAGAGAAAGCAAUGACGUCACUUAAACAACUUGUGUAGUCUUUCUAAGUACUUAUUACAUACUUACAUAAUGCGUAAUUACAUACACAGGUUUUGCUUGAAAAGUGAAGCUGAUCAUUAUUUAUGUCAGUCGAUCAAUCAGUUUCAGCUCUAUUUGAGUUCAGAUUUGACAAAGCUUCUUCAGAGCCACAAAAGACACUUAACAUCCAUUUCCACAGGCUGAGUAGUGCUAACUGUGCCAGGCAAACUGAGCUUCAUGUGUAAAAUCAGCAGAAUGCACCUUUAUUAAGCACAGUAGGUCUUAAUGGUCCUUAAUUAUUAAUUUUUUGUUCUUUAUUCUAAUUUUGGCCACUCAUAGUUCACAUGUGUUCAUAAUGAACUCAGAUUUAAUUAGACAUCGGUAACUUCUUUCCUUUAAUUCAGUAGGACUUACAUAAAAUUCUGCACAGACUUUUAAACUGUCAGUAAUCCUAUAUUUGGCUUUUGGUGCAGAUAAUCUUUGCACUGACCAGUAAAAGUUAGUAAAAUCUUGAUACAGCACAAGCACUGGCUUUAUAAUGAACUGAAGCACAGGAUUCACUCCUCCUCAUCCUCCCCAUAGUUGACACAAUCACUGGCCUGAUCAUACUGGACUGAUAAACACAAGACGUUUAUGAAUGAAUCCGAGCUUCAGAUCAUAUCUGCUGAAGCUGUUUCCACAACACAGAUGUGUCCUCUCUCUCUCUCACCCACACUCUCUUCUGGAUAUCCAGUACCCACAUAAUCCCAGCAGGGGGAGACUCUGAGCCCUGACCUUUGUCCUCCUCUGCAGGUCUCAUGUAACUGAUAGGCUUAAUAAUUUACCAAGUGAGCAGCAGCCCUUCAGGACAGCAGAAGAGACACUAACUGAUGUUGAUGGUUUUCAGUCAGGACCGUUAACCUGAGAAAGUGUUUUCAGAGGGAUCACAGCUACAUUUGAAAUGUGUCAGUGGUUCUUAUCCUGAGAUGGGAUGAUCAGAGCAUUCUGAUGUGAAUUACAACUCAUUUUAGGGCUGUGAAGCUAAGUGGGUUUAAAGGGACAGUUCAUCCUGAAAUCAAAAAUACACAUUUUGACUCAUCCCUUUAGUGCUGUCUAUCAGUCAAGAUUGUUUUGGUGUUAGUUGCAGAGUGCUGGAGAUACCGGCUGUAGAGAUGUCUACCUUCUCUCCAGUAUAAUGGAACUAGAUGGCACUCAGCUUGUGGUGCUCAAAGUGCCAAGAAAAUACAUUUGAAAAACUCAACAGCAAUGUCUCUUUCCAGAAAUCAUGACUGGGUUACUAAAAUAAUCCACAGAUCUUGUUGUUUCCUAUCAUGCUACACCCGCCAAAGAAGGAAAUGUGAUUCUACUCUUGGACAAGAGUCUCUUGCCUGCUUGCUUGUGUGGCACUAGAUGUAAACACUGGUGGCAUCCUCUUUGGCUAAGUUGUGACAUUUGCUAGCUCAGUGGUGCUAGGUGAGCUAGCAGUAGAUUCACACUUCCUGUAGUUCAGUAAAAAGAAAAUAGUUCCUCCAUGAAACUGCUCACAACAAAGUCUGUGGAUUAUCUUGAGUAACUAUGUCAUGAUUUCGGGAAAGAGAGAUUGCUGUUGAGUUUUUGAAAUGUUUUUUUGGUGGCGCUUCGAGCACCACAAGCUGAGUGACAUGUAGUUCCAUUAUAUUUGAGAGAAGCUGACAUCUUUACAGCUGAUAUCUCCAACACUGCAACUCAAACCAAUACAAUCUAGACUCAUAAAUAGCACUACAGGUAGGAGGAAAAAUAAUCAGUUUUGAUUAGGGGUGAACUGUCCCAUAAGGUACAUAGUGAAAAAAGUACUUACGUGUUGGCACAUAUUUGGGAGCAAAAAGCUACUGGCGAUAUUGUCUUUUGAAAGCUCAAAUGACCCGGGUCAGUAGCACAUUUUCCAUUUGCGGAUAAUCAAGAGGCCCUUAUUUUAGGGGACUAAUAGUGGAGUAAUCUGCUUAGUAGAUUUGCAGACAAAGGCCAAAUUAGUAAGCUUGCUGCUUGAACGCACAAUCCUAAUACCCUGGUAGGAAUUCAGCCUGGAUAAAAAAGGGCAUUUGCACUGAAUGAAUUUCUCCAUUCACUUAGCUAGAGGACACCAACCCUGAGUGGAAGUCAUCUGUUGACACAGUUUGGGAUUUUGGAAGAGAAAAGUUAGGGCAGGUUUAUUUAGUUUCCUCUGAAAUUAAAUCUAACACUCCAGCGGUCACCGAUGUGAGAGGCUAGAGCUAAAUAUAGAGUUGUACUGAAAACACAUUCCACACAGAUCUGAGAUUGUCCUAAAAACUCUGCUCUCAUUCUCGAGUGUUGUAGUAUAUUAGCAGCUGUUUGGCCCAUUGGUCACCUUACCCACUGUGUUGUAUGGCAUCGAAAAGUUUGGUACCAAAAUCAUGUCUGAAAUGUGUUGUUGAAAUAGUUCAGUGUCUAUUCUUAAGGAUUCAAAAUGUGUCACACACUGCUUCCUAAAACCCCUGACGUACUCUUGUCUUUGGACUUUCUCAGGAAAGGUUGCCCUUCUCUGAAAAAACAUGGACAUACCAUCAAAAAUCCGAACAUUAACUAAGAGUUUUCUGUCACUGUCUAAAUCAUUGACAUGUCUUUAAACAGUAACUUAAUAUCAGGCUGAAAAGCAGUGUUUUAACUGCCUUAUUUGGUAGAAAGUUUCAAGUCUGUUGCACCACCCUGCAUCUGUGAUCGUAGCUAACAGUGAUGUCAGGGUGUACUGACACACCCUGGAGUACACGUCCACAUCACUGCGGCAAGGGGAGAUAUUAAACCACUACAAAACUUGUGUUAAAAGUGUUAAGUUACUCAAUAAAUACACUAACUAGGACUGGACAACAAGUAAUGGAUUCAACAGAACUAUGUCAACUCAAGGCUCACUUACUAGCUUUUUCAGGAGCUUUCAAUUGUAUCAGACGGUCUUCAUCAGCAGAUGGAGUUUGUUAUGUUGUCAUGGAGACGGAUCUGUUGUCUGGUAUAAGCUUAACGUGUUAGGAUCGCUUUGUCAAACUAAAUUUUGUGGAUAAACCUAAAAAAAAAAUUGUAGUCAAAAAUGAGACCAAUGACAGAUCUCUCUUCCUACUCGUCUUAAUUGUAACUUACAUAUUAACCAAGGAGUUAGCUAAAGUUUUUGCGCUGUUGACUGCACUUGCAAUCAAGUUUGACAUUUCUGCUGCAGAACUUGUGGCUCUACAAAACAUAAAAUAAAACACUGACUAUGAUUACAUGCACAAAAUAAUCCAGUUGUCCUUAUUCUGAAAAAUACAGUACUCCUACUAAGCUGUUUAUGGCUAAUGAAAGUUCCAUUAAUAUUCCCUGUUACACGCAGCCAUGCACACUCCAAUAAACAUACCGUAGCAUGUCGUCAAAAUAUGGAAAAGCGGAUCGGCUGUGGCUUGUGCCAGGAUUUUUUUCAGUUUUACUCCAGUGACGGACUUGUUCAACCGUGUGAACACAGCCUCCCUCUUUAAUUCUUUUAAUCACCUUCUUGAAGAGGUUGGUGUUGCAAUAUUUGCACAUAUCUUCAAACCUCUUAAUAUCCAAGUCUUUCAUAAUGUUAAGAAGUUCGGUGUGUUUCUCCUUCAGACCAGAAAUGUGGGCUUUUCUUUUGGGCAUGCAUCUGUACCUCACAGCCCUACAAACUGUUGGCUAGUUGGCUGUGUACAACAUACAGAGCUGACGGCAAACAGGCAAGAGGCAGUGUGUCGCAAAAUCCCCACUGAGACACAUAUUCCAUAUUGGCUGUAUACGUGUCCAAAGAAUGCUCCUAAAAUCAGACUAAUACAGACAUAUCCCUCAUGAUCUAACCCAAACUGGAAUAUUCAAACAGAAUAUGUUGUUAACAUGACCCUUGUCAAAUUCACAAUAUUGUCAUAUUUGCAAUAAUAGUGGAAUAUUGAUGUGCAUGUAAACAUAGCUGAAGAUAAGUAUGUUAUUUUAAUUUUUUAUUAGCGUUACUAGCCACAACAAUGACGUUUCUCAGUACAUAACACACUGGGUAAGGUGAAAAGAAGCCAAAGGAGAAUGGGAACUCUUUUUCUUAAGACCGGUUUGAUCUGUUUUUGUGGCGACCUCUAGUGUCCCAAAAAUGUCCUGUUCCAUGUUUGCUGUCAAAGAUUUGACUCUCUUUUUGUCAGGCCUUAUUGGUGUUUUAAAGCAGUUUUAAACAGGGUUUAUUUAUUGAGUGACUCUAACAUUGUUUUUCCACAUUUUGUUCUGUUGUUUUCUAAUCAUACCAAAAUGGUUAGCUUCAGAGGGUUUGCAUUGCAGUUCAUUUGAGAUUAACUAUUUUUGUGUGUGAAUGUACUAACUUAAUUUUAAGAAGCACUGUACAGAUAACUGAUUAUUUUUGUUUCCUUUGUAUGCUGAUAUUUACUUUUUGUAAAUGCUUUGAGCGCUGUUUAAAGGGACCCAGCAUUUAGCUUGCAGAUGUGACUUUGUAAAUGUACUCAUCCACUGCUCAAGGAGAUGCUGCGUCAUCGCGUGCGGCCAGCGGAGAUGGAGGAUGUAAAUACUGUAAGAAAUACUGUGAAAAGCUUACUGUACAGUGAUCCUUCACACCUCUGUAGGAGUGGCAAGAAGAAUUAUUUAACAGUUGUCAGUAAACAUUUCCAUUAAAAUGUAUAAAAUAAUUUUAAAAA